UUUAGACUAAGCUUAGAAUAUUUGAAUACUGUGCCCAUGUCGGACGUGUUUUUUUUGUCUGCCAACUUUCAGACCUAGGCCGUGGACCUGUUGAAGAAGUUUUUAUAAAUUCGUGUGACAAAUAAAUUGCUUAAGAGUUGGUUUUUUUCGCAAAUCUACCAUGGCAUUCUCCACGCAAAAAAACUUCUUUCAUGUUCCGUUCGGGAACGAAAACGUCGAUUUCGAGUGCAUCGAUGCGUGUGUGAAAUUGAAGAGCUAUCCGUCCACAAUUGACGAUCGGUCCUGGGCCGCGGACGACAGCGCCAAGUCUCAAUUUGUUGCCGAACUGGUGGCCUGCAGCUUAAUUCCGAAAUCCAAAACAGGCGGCAGGGGAGAUUCGGGAAAGGGUGGCAAAGAUGGUGGUGGCUCUGCUGGAGGCGGAGCUGGUAGUCCAGAAGACGAGUACGGAAGUGAUUUGGUUGUCGGCGACAGCCUCAUCAAUGCUGCCGACGACACCCUUGGCCGCAUGCAGAGCCUGAUGAUCAGAAACAACAUGCUCCAGAAGAAGCUGGACGACUCCAAUGAUAAGCUUGAGACGGCCAACGAUGAGGCCGACGAGAUAAAGCGGAUUAUGGAGCAGAGGUACGAUCCGCAGAAGAGCAGGGCCCUCAAGGACAAAAUAAAAGAUCUGGCAGACGCUGGAAAAAUCUCACCAAAGGACGAAAAAGAUCUCAACGACUUGCAGGCAUCCAUUGAUGACAUGAACAAGGCCCAUGACAUCCUCGCGGCCGAGAACGCCAACCUGAAGCGCCUCAUCGAAAAGCAAUCCUUGCGCUGUAAGUUGGAAAGCACUCAGGUCGAUCCCGAAAAGAGCAGCGAUGUCCCCUAUCUGCGGCAGAAGAUCGAUGACCUGGGGAAAGAGGUGGCUCUACUUCGUAAGAUGGAGGAUGAUUACCUAAAAAAGUGUGCCACAAAGUGCGAAAGAGGAGGAUCUCAAGGAGGUGGCGGUGGUGGACGCAGUAAAGGUGCCUUUUCCCCAGAUAAGGAUGCUGAGAAUAUAAAAAGAAUUCUGGCGGAACGUGAUGCUUUGAGAAGAAAGGUGAAGAGCCUGGAGGACAUUGGCGACAAGGUCAGUCAGCUGGAGGAGAAGGCUUGUGAGGCGGAGCAAAUUUCCGGGGACCUGCAGAACAGCCUGCACGCCCAGAACGAGUGCAUGUGCAAUAUGCAACGUGAUAUGCAGGACAUGCAGGGCUACUACGAAAGUGAAGUGGAAAAGGCAAAAGGGAACGAGGAGAUUCUGAAGUGUCAUUGCACCCAGUUGAAGCAGGAACUGGCCUCCGCGAAGGCGGCGAUAAAACGGGCCGAGUGCCAGCAGAUGGAGAUCAGUGUACUGCGGAACGAGUUGCGGAAACGUGACAUUGCCCUUAACGCCUACGACUGCCAGUACCAGCAGCUAAUGAUAAAAGCAAAGAUGUUCAAGAAUGCCGGGUAUCGAUUUCUCGACGAUCUGCCUCCUGAUUGUUGUACUGACAGUUGCGUGGACAAUCCGGAAGAGGAGCAAACCGAUGAAAAUUGAUCGCUAAAAACCCUAAUAGUCUUUAACAGAAAUCUGUAGUUUUCCUUAUCUAUUUUCACGGUAGUGUCUUCAUCAAUGUGUCACAAAAAAUCACGGAUCUAGGAAAGAUGUGCCCAAAAGUUAUGAAAUAUAUCAAAUGGUUAGGCUACAAAUUCCUUUACGUAAAUUGACGUAUAUAAAUCCCAAAAUGUUCUUAAAAAGCGAGAAAGAUUUUUGAAUGU